AUGACAAUUACCGUUGGAGUUCUUGCCCUUCAAGGCGCAUUCUUUGAACAUGUUCAAUUACUGAAGAAAGCAGCCGAACAAGCCCCUCCAUCAGAAUGGCAGUUCAUCGAAGUACGAACGCCACUGGAGCUAUCAACAUGCGACGGACUUGUCUUGCCCGGAGGUGAGAGUACCACAAUGUCUUUAGUCGCAGCAAGAUCGAAUAUGUUGGAGCCAUUGCGAGACUUUGUGAAGGUGGAUCGCAAACCAACGUGGGGUACAUGCGCCGGCCUCAUUCUCCUUGCCGAAUCGGCCAACAAGACAAAGAAGGGUGGACAGGAGCUGAUCGGUGGUCUCGAUGUAAGAGUGAACCGGAAUCACUUCGGUCGACAGACAGACAGCUUCCAGGGACCGUUGGAUCUCCCCUUUCUGGGAGAGGACGCUGCGCCAUUCCCAGCUGUCUUCAUUCGAGCACCGAUUGUUGAAAAGAUCCUACCGCACCAUAAGGGCAUUCAGCAAGAAGAGAUCGGACUCGAAGAGACUGUUGUUGCACCAUCUCGACAAGCACGCGACUCAGUUGCGGAAGCAGCAACAGCCGACCAUGUCGAGGUACUCGCCACGUUGCUGGGCCCUGCAGCUCGCAACGCCACUCAAAAUCGAGACAUCAACCCUGAUGAGGAAGUUGGCGAUAUUGUUGCAGUGCGACAGGGCAAUGUGUUUGGCACCAGCUUUCACCCGGAGUUGACGGGCGACGCAAGAAUUCAUGCUUGGUGGUUGCGGGAGGUACAGUCGGCCGUGUUGAAGCGAAAGAAAUUGGGACAAUAG